GAGAAUUGUAAGUGAUAGAGUGCUGACAGGUCAGUGUCAGGGGGGAGCCGUCAUGUCGCUGCAGUUCACAGAUGAGGAGUUUCAGAGCGCUUGGAGGGAGCUGGAUGAACCGCAGCUGGAGGGAGGAUGGGAGCUUUUUACGGAGACGAUGGGAGUGAAAAUCUACCGGCUUUAUGAUAAGGUACCACAACAAAUCAAACAAAUCACAAACCCGCUGGUUUCACACACGAAGGAGCUGCCGGAGACUCACUGAAUGAAUGGGGUCGUCCAUUCAGUGCUGGGAUUCCUUUGCGUUUCCUCAGUUACACCUUUAAAAUCCCCAUUUUGCGGUCAUUUGAAAGCCUUAUUAUAAUGUUAUCUAUGAAGAAGAGCAUUAGGAAACAUACCCGCAGUAAUCUCCUAGUGGCCGACACGAGAACUAUCCGGAAACCGAUGGAGACUCGUUGGACUAAUAACCAGGCAGUACAUCAAACCAAACUCCAUUGGCAAAACUAUCAUUUUACUUUUACGAGUACUUUUGCCUAGCAUUUAUAGUUUUUGAAAACUGGUUGAACAGAUAAAUGAGAUGGAAAUGAACCAGCCUUUAAUUCGGCAUAUAUUGGACACAUCAGGGUUAUAGCCUUUAAUACGUUUUGGCAUAAAAAGCUGAGCAAAAACGAACUAAUCUGUAAAAUUUAAUGUAUAUUCGAUUAGCCGGCAUGAAUGGAAAAGACAAAUUAAAAGUCUUAAUGAAUACAUAAACGAAAAAAAUAAUGCGUCGAAUGAGUGCCACAUUUAAACUCAUAUUUUGAGACAUAUCUAGUGAAAUAUAAUGAACUUUUAUUAGCCACCAAAGAACCCUUCUUAUCAUUAACUUGAAACCUCCUGAUAUUGAAAUUAUAUAGAAAAAAUACCCCCUUUUUAAUUUAGAUAAUAUUGUAAAGGAAUCAAUAUUUUAUUGACUUCAAGGUCCUAAUGUGGUGUUGAAAUUCAGGAAAAAACAAGGCUAUCUUAAAUGUGUGUUUUUGUGAAUGGGUUUUGGUUUGACUUUGAUUUACUUAAAGUAGUCAUGCAUGAAUCUUGAAACCACAACCCAUAGACGCAGUUUGUUUGGUUUUAUUUGGUAUUAGUGUGAGAAAAUCAUCCUCUGACCUGUUUAUUGUACUUUUGAAUCUUUCCAACACAUCCACACUUGUUGUCAGAGUGUUUAUGAGUGUUACACUGACUGGCUCUAAUCAGAGUUGUGUGGUUUGGGAUUAGUGACACACUGUGGGUGUGGUAUGUUGGCCUGCAAUUCAAGCAGAGGGAACUUUUUGCAUUGUGUUUUCAGGAAACUGGGCUUUAUGAGUACAAAGUCUUUGGUGAGCUCACCACCUGCCUCCCAGAGCUGUGUGCAGAUGUCUACAUGGAUUUGAUGUACAGGAAAAAAUGGGAUGGAUAUGUGAAAGGUAAGAAAAGACCCCAGAAGAUUGAGUCUACUUUGUCUUUACCAGUUCUAUCUACCUGUCCUUUAAUUUCCAAUUGAAGAAGCAUAUUGCAUCAAAGUCUUCAUCCUCCUGCCAUGAAAUGAUUUAUUAUACAUUGUUUGAUAUACUUAAGUAACCCUUUCCUUCUUUCAUUCAUUUCUUCAUGCACCUCUACAGUAGCCUAAAGGUAACACAGUGUAGCUCUAGUUUGUAGACUGACACUGUAUUGUUGCUCCAUGGUUCGUCAGUAACAUCUAAAAACUGCUUGUUCUAGUUGUUAUCUUAGAUGUUAGAGUCAUUUCUGGAGUAGUUUAAGUUGCUUUAUGUCUGUUUUGAGUAGUAUCGUUAAUGAAUUUGUUUGCAGUUGUGCCCAUGUUUCAUAGGGAAUAUUUAAAUUCCAGCAGCGGUAACCCUUCAUAAAUUUAAACGUAACGUAGUUAUGAUCAAAGUGUUUCAUAAGCAGAGUUUGGAGCAGUUUGCACCACACAAACUUCUGCGUUUGAGAUUGUUAAUAGUAACUUGUUUGAUAAAUGUUAUUAAACACAGCUUAAAAGGAUAUUACAAGGUAAAAUUAGUUUAGGGUAUAACUUGCAUCAUCCCGCUGCAGCAACAUUCAUCUCUCGAGGGGGUGUCUUGACCCUAAAUUAAUUUUAUGCUGGAAUAUCCCUUUAACAGGAAUUCAGAGAACCCAUUGGUCAAUGGUGUCAAAGUAGUUUGCCAAGCAGAGCUAGCACCCCCUGCUUUCACUUUGUGAUAUCUGUGUACUGAUUAUCUUUUUUUGUUCAGAGCUCUAUGAAAAGGAUUUUAGUGGACAGACUGCGAUCUACUGGGAAGUUGUCUACCCGUUUCCUCUUUCCAACAGAGAUGUAUCUUUUUUGUGUUGAAUGUGAUUAAUAAGUUUGAAGUAAGUACAGAGUACAGAACACAUCUUCCCUGACAUUGCAAAUCUCAGUAUGUGUAUGUGAGGGAGCGCAGAGAUCUGGACAUGGACGGCAGGAAGAUCUGGGUGAUCUUGGCCAGAAGUUCUCCAGGGACUGCGUGUGCAGAGAAGAAAGGAGUCCUGCGGGUCAACGACUACAAACAGAGUGUCGCCCUUGAGAGCAACGGGUCCUGUGGAACGAGAGGUACACCUGAAACAAAACAAAAUGAUUCUGCUGCAUCUUUCAUGAAUAAAUAAUAUUACGUUCAGGAAUGGUAAGGCAGCUUCAUUUAAAACAUUGUAAAAUAUUGAGAGUUUAAGAUUUCAAGUUUAGUAAAGAUGUAGUCUUUACUUUGAGGUAAAAUUCUUAAUAAAUGUCAAAUAUCUGUGAAUUUUCUGUGAACUUAAACUUUUCUAAAUGAAGUCUACCGAUCUUGAAACGUACAGUUGAAGUCUUAAUAAAGCCCAAUAUGAAUUCUGAAUCUCUUCUGCGUUUCAGUGUUCAUGAAUUACUUUGACAACCCUGGAGGCAUGAUCCCUGCCUGGGUGGUGAACUGGGCGGCCAAGGUGAGUCCAUGCAGUAUUAUGCAGUGUGGUGUUUGGUGACCAAAACUACGACCCUGGAUGAGCUGGAAUUAGAGGAGCGAGGGUUUGCAUGAAUCUUGAGACCUGUUGUUGUUUAAAGGAACAACUGCACAAUAUCAUGUUGGUUUUAUUAGCGGGCACAUUCAGGCUCUCAUUGAUGUGGAAGUCUUAGAAAAAUGUUUCCCACGGCCGCGCAAAUUUAUUUAACAUCGCACGUUCCUGCCGACCUUCAACGGAUCUUUGAUGAGGGCUUUAAAACCACGUUAAAGGGUUCAUUCUCAGGCCUCACAGAGCGCCAUCUCUCCGCCUGCUUUAUGGUUUUUCCAUCAUUAUCGUUUGCAGAUGUGUUGCAGGGUGAUGUCAGCUGCACCUCUCCUCCUGGGUGAGUCCAACAUGAGUCUAUAUCGUUCACUGAUGGAUACUUUUCGUGUGUUUGUCUUUGACAGACCGGAGUUCCAGCUUUCUUAACGAACAUGCAGAACGCUUGCAACGACUACGCCAAGUACUGCCAGGAGAAAUGAAGGCGCCCGACUGGAGAGUGGCUCAUGCACAAGGGCUGCGUUUUAUUCUUUUGUUUUAGAUUUGGGAGGUGUUUUAAAGUUGUAUGAUUGAAUUUGAUUUUCUGUAUGGAGUCUAUGUGGCAUGGUUCGGCGGCUACUUGUCUUUGUAGCAUGCUGUUGAUCGACUCAGGCAUGAUGAGCACGACUGGCCGCCCACAUUUAAAGGCUGGAGCAAAAUCAAAUCAACUGCUGUAUUUACCUGUACUUCACUGUCUUUAUGUGCAAUCACUGGAAACUCCAGUUCCCUCAAGAUUUCUGAAUCUGUAUAUUUUUUUAAAGAUUCAUCUGUAAAAAAAAAAACAAAUGAAAAAAAUCACAUGUAACACUUUGUACAGAAGCCCUGAGAGGCAGAUGAGAGAAAAAUGGUGAUUCAAAGUCAAUCAUAACUUUUUCUGCCUGUGUUUGAACGUCAAAAUGUUACAGGAUACCUAUUAAUCUCAUUUCCAUCUUUUAUUCUGUCAGCCUGGGACACUUACAGAGUAGCUUUGCAUGAUUUAGAGCUCAAAAAAACUCCUUAUUUAUGUUAUGUGAAUUUCUAGCCUCUGCCUGAAUAUUUUAUUUUGGUUGCUUUUCCACCAAUAGAAAGCUAAACACAUCUGUAGCUAUAAAUUGACCACAAAGUUAUUCCUCUGCCUGAAACAUUUUGUUUUUGCAACUUGGAUGUUACUUAUUACACAACUUUGUAGUCAUGAAACAUUCUGAAAGUUAACACCUGCCUCAAAGUGCUUAGUUUUAGCUGCUUUUCCUCUGAUAAACAGUUGGAUAAAGCUUGUGGGUGUUACUUAUAGACUGUAUAUGGUAUAGACAACGUAACUCCGCCUCCUGUCAUUGUACUAAUUUGAAGCCAACAAGCUCCCGGUUUUUCCAGGAGCUUUCUCCAUUUCCUAAGACCAGAAUUUGUACAGUAGUGUUCAGCUGGAGACACAGCUUUAAUCAAAUCAAAUCAAUCAAAUUUAUAUAGCGCCAAUUCACAACAGUUGUCAUCCCAAGACGCUUUCCAAAGAAAAAGAGCAGGUCUAGACCACGCUUAUUGUUUGAUGAAUUAUCAAGACCAAGCCUACAUAGCAUUCUUUUUGCCAAAAACAGUCAGGAAAAUUGUUUCUGGUCCUGAAAUGUUUCCUUUUGGUCUCAUUUUGGACAGCUAUAAAGUUGGACAUAUCAUAUGGGUGUCACUUUGAACACAGCUUCGUAGUCAUGAAACAUCCACACAGUUCACUCCUGCCUAAAAUGCUUUGUUUCCAAUGUUUUUCCAUCCCUCUGCCUUAAAUACUUUCUUUCGGUUGAUCUUUUUUCAUGGCAAACCCCUAUUUUUUUAAACUAGCACUAGGGAAAACCAAAUGGUUUGGAUCACAUUCAGAAAACCUUGUUUUUCUCUUUUCUCUCAGGGCUUCUGUGCUUUUAUGUGUCUGUGUUGUGACAAUGAUAAGCUACAGAUGCAGUAUCUGGCCUCACAUUUCAUGGCUUGACCUCAUUUUAAAUCCAUGAACUGUACAUGUUUGAUGGAAAAAGAUACACUACUAUAGUUCAGACUUGAAUCAUACAGUUUUCUAUUUCAAUUGACUAGAAUUUAAUCAUGAGUCGUAAUGAAAUGGAAUGAUCACUCUAUGUUUAUAGGAAUGGCGCCAGACUUAUGCAAAGGUCAUGUUAUGAAACUGUGUUCUGAUUUAUCAUGGGCUCAUACACUAAAAUAUGCAGGAUGUGGGAUUAUACUGUACCUCAGCACUUAUGUACAAUAUCAGAUGUAUAUAAUUUAAUCAGGAUAUGAAAUGCCUAUGUAAUGUAGGUGUAAUACUGCUGAAAUGAAUAAAGUUUUAUGUGAAAUUUA